CUCUCCGACUCUCUUCGUCGCCGUCGUCGUCGCCGUCGUCAUCACUGGAAUCGUCCAUUUUUCUUUUGUUUACUCAUCGUUAUCUCUUCGUUCGUGUUGUAUCUUCCUCCGUUUUUAUUUUCCCCCUUCAAUUCCAUGAAUCGAUUCUGAAGCCACCGGCGCGAAGCUCCCCGAAUCCGAUCAAGAAGCCCACGAAAUCUCACGACAAUGCAAAACCCCUGAUUCCGAAUGCCCAGCGACGACAUUGAUAGAUUGGGUGCAGGUCCUUCUUAUUCUUCUUCUUCUUUCUCGCCAGAAUGAAGGCGACCCAGAAAGAUUCAGGGAGAAUGGCCUUCUGGGACCAGAUGAGAGUGCCGCCGCCCGGGACCCCGACCGCCGUGCCCGGCAUCGGCGGCUCGCAAGCUCGAGCGCUGCCGAAGCUUAUGGUGUGGCUCAUCCUCUUCGUGUCCGUCACCUACGUCGUCUACACCCUGAAGCUCGUCUCCUCCUCCCGCGCCUGCGUCGACAGCGAGCCCUUCUCCACCUCCCGCCGCCUCACCUCCUCCUCCUCCUCCUCCACCGACGGUCCCUCCUCCUCCUCCUCGGCCGCCGCCGCCACAAACUCAUCGCUCUCCUCCUCGCUGUCGGCUCGCAGCGCCACGGCCCUCGCCGAAUCGGGGCAUAGGACGGAGCUCCGGCACGUCGUGUUCGGAAUCGCCGCCUCGGCUAAGCUCUGGGAACAGAGGAAGAACUACAUCAAGCUGUGGUUCAAGCCGGAGGAGAUGAGAGGCAUAGUGUGGCUGGACAGGGCGGUGGCGACGCGCUCCGGCGAGGGUCUCCCACCAGUGAGGAUCUCCGGCAACACUUCCCACUUCAAGUAUACAAACCGGCAGGGCCACCGGUCGGCGCUGCGGAUCUCGCGGAUCGUCUCGGAGACGCUCCGCCUGGGCCUGAAGGACGUGCGGUGGUUCGUGAUGGGCGAUGACGACACGGUGUUCGUCGCCGAGAACCUGCUCCGGGUGCUCCGGAAGUACGACCACCGGCAGUACUACUACAUCGGGAGCCUGUCUGAGAGCCACCUGCAGAACAUAUACUUCUCGUAUGGGAUGGCGUACGGCGGCGGCGGGUUCGCGAUCAGCUACCCCCUCGCGGUGGCCCUGGAGCGGGUGCAGGACCGGUGCAUCCAGCGGUACCCGGGUCUCUACGGCUCCGACGAUCGGAUCCAGGCGUGCAUGGCGGAGAUCGGCGUCCCCCUCACCAAGGAGCUAGGGUUUCACCAGUACGAUGUGUAUGGCAACCUGUUCGGGCUCCUCGCCGCCCACCCGGUCGCGCCCUUGGUUUCCCUCCACCAUCUCGACGUGGUGGAGCCCAUCUUCCCGAACGUCACCCGGGUCCAAGCCCUCCAGCGGCUCGCGGUGCCGAUGAAGCUAGACUCGGCCGGCCUGAUGCAGCAGUCCAUUUGCUAUGACAAGGCGAGGAGCUGGACCGUCUCCGUGUCCUGGGGCUUUGCGGUCCAGAUCUUCCGCGGCGUCUUCUCGCCCCGAGAGAUCGAGAUGCCCUCGAGGACCUUCCUGAACUGGUACCGGAAGGCGGACUACACGGCGUACGCGUUCAACACCCGGCCGGUCAGCCGGAACCCGUGCCAGAAGCCCUUUGUGUUCUACCUGUCGAACGCGAGGUUCGACUCGCCGACGAACCGGACGGUGAGCGAGUACCUCCGGCACCGGGUGCCCAAUCCUCAUUGCAGGUGGAAGAUGGCGAAUCCGGAGGCCUUGGACUACGUGGUGGUCCGCAAGAAGCCCGAUCCCAGCUUGUGGGACAGAUCGCCGAGAAGGAACUGUUGCCGCGUGGUGAGCUCGAAGAGGAAAGGGAGCAUGGUGGUGGACGUCGGCGUGUGUAAGGAAGGCGAGAUCAGUGAAAUCUAGGGGUCUCUUAGGAAUUUGGUUAGCCUCUCCAAAUUCUAUUUCUAAAGUCUGCUAAUUGUUUAAUUAAGAUCCCUCUUUGAUCAUUCAUCAAGUUUGCCAAUUUUGUAAGGAUGUCCCUCCACAAGCGGGCACGAUUCGUCAAUUAGGGAAAAAGUUGCCAGUGUACAAAAGCCGUAGAUUACACAUUUGAGAAAGUGUACCAUUUUGCCCUUUUGUUGGUCGGAAA